GCAUUAUUUUGUGAUAAUUUUGCUUUGUAUGGAAAACCGAGUCUGUAAAAUUACAUUUUGUCUCGAAAUUAAGACUAAGACUGAAAAACAGGAGAAGAAAAUAUUCCAACUGGCAUCUGUUCUGGAUUUCCGUUUAGCUGAAUAAAUCAUUACGUCUGCAGUUAAUCAGCCAAACAUUUUCUCAGUGAUGAUGAGAAUCUCCACCUGAACAGCUCAGAGGACGCAGACAUGUUCCCGCAGCCUCUCCUCCUCUCCGCUUUUCGGCUGAAGUCCUCUUGGUGACGCUCUGCUGACAUCACUCGGAUGUUCCCCACUCAGCUCUGCGCAUCAAACCCACGGAGCUCCUGCGACUCUCUCACACUCCGUCCACACUUUGUUCUCCGCCUGCUGCUCUGAACGCUGUCCGCCAGACACGCACCCGCCGCGGGCUACCUGUGCGCACUGCGGCCGGGCCACACGGGGGAGGGGUCGCGCUCCUGCCCGUCGUUAAGACUCUGAGAGGAUCUGCGCUCGGUCCGGAAUCAGGAGGAGGACGCGCUGAGCUGCGGGAGGAAAGGUGGAGGAGAGAGAGAAGUUGACUGGUUUGAAAGCAGGCGAGCUGAACUGAGUUGUAAGUUUGUGAGCGGGCUGCCGGAGGAAUAACUCGGAGUCCGGUCUUGGCACACCUCGGUGUUCUGGAUUUUUACCUCCAGUGCAGAAGAAUGGCGAGAGAUUACGCAGCGCGCUGCCCGCGCUCUCCGGGGCGGAACGCCUGGAUGGUGGCAGCGCUGAUCCUUCUGGCUGCUCAAGGUGUCGUUGCUCAGAAAGUGCGAGUGGAGGAAGAGUUGGAGGCAUAUCCCACAGAAUCUGUCGAUCUGCGCUGUGAAUUCGUCGAUGGAGGGAGUUUAACCAAGCUCACACAGGUAUCGUGGAUAUGGGAACCUGUUGAUGGCCAAAGGGACAACAUUGCCGUGUACCACCCCACCUAUGGGCAGAGUUUUCCCAACGUGGCCUUUAAGGAUCGAGUUAUUUUUCUCCAAAACAACCUGAGGAUCCCGUCCAUAAGGAUUAAAGACCUGCGCAUGUCCGAUGCCGGGCGCUACACCUGCGAGUACGCUACGUACCCAUCUGGAAACGAGCAGGGAACCACCACGCUCAUAAUGCUCGCCAAGCCCAAGAACUCGGCCAAAGCCGUGACGGUCCAGGCUGGCAGCAAGUCGGUGAUGGUGGCCCACUGCGAGGCGGCGGACGGGAAACCGGCCGCCACCAUCAAGUGGCUGGCAUCGGUCGGCGGCAACCACUCCACCAGCUCCACGAACGGGCCGGACGGCACGGUGACGGUUCGGAGCGAGUACAGGCUGGUCCCGACGGCGGAGGACAACGGCAGAGAGGUGACCUGUCUGGUCGACCAGAAGACCCAGGACCGGCCGUGGACUGAGGUUCUGAAGCUCUCAGUGGAGUACCCUCCCACCGUCACCAUCGACGGUUACGACCACAACUGGUACGUUGGUCGCUCUGACGCGGUUCUGUUCUGCCAUGCCACGGCCAACCCAGAGCCCACCACCAUCACCUGGACAACGGCUUCGGGCUCGCUGCCGGACACGGUGGUGGUGGAGCAAAACAAGCUGACGGUGAGGAAGGUGGACGACGCCGUCAACACCACCUUCACCUGCGAGGUCAAGAACAAGCACGGCGCCAGCAGGAAAACGCUCACCACGUUCGUCAUCGAAGCCUUGGAGGAUCCGUCCAGUGCCGGCGCAGUGGCGGGCGCGGUCAUCGGCUCCCUGCUGGCCCUCCUAUUGGUCGUGACUCUCGUCGUUGUCCUCCUGACCCGCAGCCGCCGCCAACAGAGGCGGGGCUUCCCCAGCAGCGGGGACUCUGUGGCGGCGGGCAACGGAGGCAGCAACGGUUCCGACUACGGCAACAAAGCCCGCCUGCUAUUCACCGGCUCCGGAAACGGCAGCAAGAACGGAACGGGGGCGAACAACAACGGGCCGGUGUACACGUACCGGGAGGGCUGCGACGCCACCGGGACCCUGACGGAGAAACCCAACAGCUACCACCACCACCUCCACCACGCCCCCGCCGGAACCCGGCCGACCCCCCAUGACAUCCUCCUCUGCGGUGAGAUGGAUGGAGCCGAGAGGAGGAAGUUCAACCUGGAUGACAGCAUCGAGGAGGAAGACGAGCGAUACAAUCGAUUUGGAGGCGGCGGGAACGCGCUGCCUCCGGCGUAUCAUGCCCACAGAGGUCAUGGCGGCGAAGCAGAAAUGGAUGUGUACCUCGACGACGACAUGGAGUCCCAGAGGGACGGCUCUGUCAUCUCCCGGACUGCCAUUUAUGUCUGAGGAUGUGGAGAGGAGAAGAAGGGUCUGGAAAUCAGAGGAUGAGAUGGAGGAAGUGAGGGAGUUAAAACAACUUCCUGUUCAGCACUAAAAUUCAGAUCGCCUCCAUUAGCUCGACACCUACCUGCUUAAACUCCAACCUGACUGCAGAGAUGCCAUCAGUAAUUUCCUCUAUGCUUCACAGUUCCUGUAUAUUACUAUCCAAGAGGACUACGAGAACAAUAAAAACAGAAAGAAGUUGUUGUGAUGCUUGUGAGGCAAACGUUGUGCGCUGUGGCUCAGUUUGUGACCGUGUUGAACUGUAACCAGGGGAGACCUGAUUCAGUGUAAGUCAGAAACCUCAGCGGACUCUUGACGCUACGCUGCUUAUCGCUUCGUUCUUCUCGCUUCAGCUUCGCUGUGUGAUUAUGUGCAGAGUGACUCCAGUGUUUGUACUGUAAACAUGACCAGAAAUCGCAACUAGAAACAUAACAAACGUCACAAAAUCACCCAGAUUGAUGUGAAAUGUUCGUCAACUUGUUAACAGCUUCUGUGGAUGUUGCUGUUGCUCUUGUGACGAAACCUGAACCUGAAUUUAUAAAAAAAAAAAAAACUCUGAAAGACUACACUUGUCGUCCUGGCAACAGUGAGAGACUACUUCUUAAUCGCCGAACGAUGGCUCCACUGGGGCUCGCUCCCCGCGACACCACCUGGUUUCCCGAUGGGAGCCGCUGAAGUGCGGGGCUCCAUGCUGAGUCACAUGACAGACUUACCAGUGUGUGCUAAUGUGUGGCUGGCUGUGGUGUUAAUGAUGUGCAUCAUCCGUGUAUUGGGCGGUGUGUCACUGUAGCACAGUUGUUGCUGUUGUAGAUGUUGUUGUUGUUGUUGUUGUUGCUCUUGUGUAAUGGUGUUGAUCUUGCCUGGGAAAAGAUGCACCGAGAGCCUUGGGGGGUUUCACAAAGUUUCAUGUUGAGUCUGUAAUGACUCAUUAAAUGAAUAAAAAAGUUGCUUUUCUUUGUUUCCAACUCUUCUUCCUUCAUUUUGUUUUACCUUCUUUACUUUCUUCCCACUUGUUUUCUUCCUUAGAUGACUGCUCAGUUGUUUUAUGUUCCAGUUUUAUGUAAUAACAGUAAUUUUUUUUCUAUUUCGGCUCCGUGUGUCGAGUGAGAUAUCCGCCAGCAUUGUUAGAGGUUAUUGGAUGUCAUUUAUCACUUUUUCAGGGCCUUUUGAAUGUAUUAGGGUCUUUUUCUGAUUAUUAAAUAUUCAAGAUGCAUUUAUGAAUAUUAAAGAAAAGAAAAUCUAACAAUUUCUCACUUACACAAUGUAUGUUAGCAUAUAUUUAGAAAUAUUAAAGAUGUAAUCUUACCGAAGGAUUCCAGUGCAGUAAUGAGCCACAACUCCAAGUUCAGAUCGGAAAACUUUUUUGGUGACAUUCGGCACACAAUCACCGGCCUCUUUAUUAGUCACACCUAUUCAGUCGCUCGUUAAGACAGGAAGCAAAUCUAAUAAAGUGGACAGUAAUUUGUUCUUCAGGAUGUACUGGAGAUGUGAUAAUUCAAUAUUAAUCUGAAAAAAGUAGUUCAGGUAAACCUGAAAGGCUGAAGAGCUUUAAUUAGCUUAUAAUUGCUAGCCUCAGGUGCAAUAUGAUGCAUACAAUACAGAUUUUAUAAAUAUCCUAUAAGGUUUAAGUGCAGUUUUAGAUUAGAUCUGUACACUUCUGAGAUUUUUUAUUUUUUUUUGUGACAUAUUUUCUGAUUAACAAACAUUGAAAUGUUUUAAGACACAAGCUCUGCAGCUCUGAUCGUUUUCCAGAGAUGAAGCUUCGUGUUUUCCAGUCUUUGUGUUUCAGGCGUAUUUGAAAUGUUUUCCAGCCAUUUUCCUGUUUCUCUUGAGAAAUUACAAGUUGAAUGUAGCAGUAAAUAAAGCACAGAAUUUAUGUGAGAAACGUAAUGCAGUAAGUCGAGACCGAAAUCUCCGGAGAUCAGGUGUAAAUGAAACAUUUCAUUUGAGAAAACAUUUUAAUUAACAGCUUGUGUGAAUCAUUUUUAUGUCACAGUAACGGUUUGCGACCCGUCCAGGAAAAUGAAGACGGGGAAAAAGAUGCUUGGAAGAACUUAGACUGGCUUUUACAUGGAGGGAAGGUCACAACUGGAACAUUUCAAGCCACAGAAAACUCAUUAACUGCUCAGAAAAAUUUACUCUAAACAGAAAAUAUCAGGCGGAAAGCCUGUUGU